GGUCACGGAGGACUGUGAUAGGUGGGUACGGGGAGGAUGGCAACAUAUCAGUACUGCCCACUAGCAGUUCUAUAAAAACCAUUGCAGGGGCUGCCAUUUUUCUACUCGCUCGGGAUCUCGGAGGUGAACGGUGACCACCCACUCCGGAGGCGGCAGGAGCAGAUGGACGUUUCGAAAGAAGGGCCUGGCCAAUCGAAGGUCAAGGAUGAUUGUUGCAUUAUUAUUUUGGACUCCAGUGAUGAAGAAUUUGAGCCCAUUGAGGCUGGACCUAGCACGCAGAAAAAAGACGUUGGCUGCGUGGUGAUUGACUCGGACUCUGAUAACGAACCCUUGCCUGAGGGAAAGAGAGCGAAGGUCUCCAAGACCUGUGGCGAAGAUGACAUUCUGGUGUUAUCUGACACUGAUGAGUCUUCAGUAAUUGUCAUUGAUGAUGAUAGUGAUAUGGAGAGCCCCGUGAUAAUAGAAGAUGGUUCAUGUGAGGAGGGCCAAAUUUCAUCAAUUAAAAAGGAAAUUGAGGACUUUACUAUCUCCAAACACAAUGCAUCUGAUGAUAAUGGUGAGCAGGAUGUUGGUGAAAAACUAGUAAAUGAUCCUGAAGCUAAGCUGCAGAUUUCAGAUACAAAGAUGGUAACUGAUGAAAAGGUUGUGGCAGUGGCGGAGCAACCAAGGAAGAGGAAGUGUAAAGGCAGAAAUACAUGUGUGACCCCUGCAUUUGGGCCUUCAACUAAGAAUCUCACCGUGGCAAACCAUGGAAACCACGAGAAUGGGAAUUCCAAUUGCAAUAUACCUGGGUGUUUCUUCCGUGACAUUGAAAAGUCCAAGAUGUAUUCUGGAAAGAAUUUCAACAAAAAUAAGGAUGAACUGGUUCAGAGAAUCUACAUCCUCAUGAACGAGACUGUCUUUAAUAAUAAGAUGCCGCCAAAAAUAAAUGUCAACUGGAAUAAAAAGAUGCUGAGAACUGCUGGCAUGUACCGCAGUCACGACCCAAAUAAUUUGAACAAGAAUUUUGGUACAAUUCAGAUUUCUAUGAAAGUCUGCGACUCUGCAGACCGAGUCCGGGAUACUUUGAUCCAUGAACUGUGCCAUGCAGCCACCUGGCUACUCCAUGGCAUCCAUGAUGCUCAUGGUAAGACAUGGCAGUAUUAUGCCAGGAAAUCGAACAUGGUGCACCCGGAGCUGCCGAUGGUCACCCGCUGCCACAACUACAAGAUUAACUACAAGAUUUAUUAUGAGUGUGUUCGCUGCAAAUACAGGCUCGGCCGCCACACCAAGUCGCUAGACACCAACCGCUUCAUGUGCGCCCGGUGCAAGGGGCCUCUGUCCCUGGUGCCGCUAACUCGGAAGGACGGCACCCCCAUUCGGCCCCACGUGAGGCCAUUUGCUAAGUUUGUGCAGCAGAAUUAUAACAUUGUUCAGUACCUGAUACCCGGGAUCAAACAUAAGCAAGUGAUGAGAACGCUCAGCCAGGAAUUUUUAAUCAUGAAACAAAUACAAAAGCUGUAUGGGAUGUAUGGGCCCCAUCCUCUACUGGCAAACAGGUUUUAGAAAAAUGUCUUUGUAUUAUGAAGUUAUGAAUAUUAGAAUUUAAGUCUGUUUUAAAGCUUCGUGCUGUUAAUAUGAUUGUUCUUUAGGCAAUGAUUCUAUCGCUAAGCAUUUUGUGCCCUUGGAAGCCCUCCAGAUCGCCUUGGGUCUUAGACGCCAUAGUUGAACAUGUAGAACACAAUGCAAAAGAGAAAUUAAAUUCUGAGAGUUGUCACUUGAGAUAAUGAGAGUAAGGCUGGAAAGAGAACACAUGCUAAAGGCAGCAGUUCAUUUAAAAGCAAGGCUGCUGGCAGGUGAAACAUGUCACACCUACCUAGAAAGACAAACAUGUAUUGUUAACUUAGUUGCCCUUGACAUUGAACAAAGCCAUUUGAGCCCAUGUUAUUGUUAAUAAAAAUUUUAAAAAAACAAUAAAAU